AGCGAGAGAAUACACGGCAAAAAAGGCAAACUGCAUUCGACGGGGAAAAGUCGGGAGCUGAAGGGUUCGGAGGGACGGACGGCGAAGAACCACCACAACAAUAAGGCGGAGAGAGCAGGGACAACAGCAGCAUCAGCAUCAUUAACAAUAACAACAACGGCAAACAACAUGGAAGAUCUUCUCGUGGAAGUUCGGCUCGACAAUGGCGCCUACUACAAGGGCCAGGUGACAUCUGUCGGCGAUGAUGGCAUCUUUGUGGAUGUAGACGGCGUCUCCGAGGUGAUGAAAUAUCCAUUUGGAAACGUCCGACUGCCGCCCGAGGAAGCCGUGGAGGUAACCGCACCGAUCUUUGAGGAGGGCAUGGAGGUGGAGGUCUUUACGCGCACAAAUGAGCGCGAAACCUGCGGCUGGUGGGUGGCCAUCAUCAAAAUGCUCAAAGCGGACAUUUGUGCGGUGGCCUACAUCGGUUUCGAGACGCCCUACACCGAAAUCUGUGAACUGGGCCGACUGCGCGCCAAGAACUCUAAUCCGCCAAUUACAGCCAAGUCCUUCUAUCAGUUCACGCUGCCAGUUCCCGAGGAGUUGCGAGAGGAAGCCCAGAAGGAUGGCAUACACAAGGAGUUCCAGCGCAGAAUCGAUGCCGGCGUUUGCAACUACAGUCGCGACCUGGACGCCCUGAUCGUCAUCUCCAAGUGGGAGCACACUCAGAAGCGUGCCAGUAUGCUCAAGGAUAUGCAUUUUCGUAAUCUCUCACAAAAGGUUAUGCUGUUGAAAAGGACUGAAGAAGCUGCCCGUCAGCUCGAAACGACUAAACUGAUGAGCCGUGGAAACUACGUUGAGGAGUUCCGUGUGCGCGAGGAUCUCAUGGGCCUGGCCAUUGGGUCGCAUGGCUCGAAUAUACAGGCGGCACGCACGCUGGUCGGCGUCACCAACAUCGAGCUUGAGGAAAAGUCCUGCACAUUUAAGAUCAGUGGCGAAACCGAGGAGUCCGUGCAGCGUGCCCGCGCUAUGCUUGAAUACGCCGAGGAGUUCUUCCAAGUACCCAGGGAAUUGGUUGGCAAGGUGAUCGGAAAGAAUGGGCGCAUCAUUCAAGAGAUUGUGGACAAGAGCGGCGUGUUUCGAAUCAAGAUCGCUGGCGACGACGAGCAGGAUCAGAAUAUACCACGCGAGCUGGCGCAUGUACCCUUUGUGUUCAUUGGCACCGUGGAGAGCAUUGCGAAUGCCAAAGUGCUUUUGGAGUAUCAUUUGUCGCAUCUAAAGGAAGUGGAACAGCUGCGCCAGGAGAAAAUGGAAAUCGAUCAGCAGCUGCGCGCCAUCCAAGAAUCUUCAAUGGGCUCCACACAGAGCUUCCCCGUGACGCGGCGCUCUGAACGCGGCUACAGCAGCGACAUUGAAUCCGUGCGCUCCAUGCGCGGCGGAGGCGGUGGACAGCGUGGCCGUGGUGGACGUGGUCGCGGUGGCGGCGGUCCUGGUGGCGGUAACGGCCUCAACCAGCGCUAUCACAAUAAUCGGCGCGACGAGGACGAUUACAACUCCAGGGGCGAUCACCAGCGUGACCAUCAGCAGCAGCGUGGCUACAACGACCGCGGCACCGGUGGCGGUGACCACAACACUGGAAACUAUCGUGGCGGUGGUGGUGCUGGCGGACCCGGCAACAACAGGCGCGGCGGAGUGAACCGACGGCCGCCACGCAACGAACAGCAGAAUGGCAGGGAUUAUCAGCACCAGCACCACAACCACACCGAGGAGACGCGAGAGGCGCGCGAAGUGAGCAGUGUGGAGCGAGCGGACAGCAACUCAUCGUACGAGGGCAGCUCGCGGAGGCGCAGAAGGCAGAAGAACAACAAUGGACCCAGUAACACAAAUGGAGCGGUGGCCAACAAUAACAACAACAAACCCCAGUCGCAGCAGCAGCAGCAGCCACAACAGCAACAACAGCAGCCCCCGGCGCCUGCCAACAAAGCGGCGCUAAAUGCCGGAGAUGGCAGCAAACAGAAUAGCGGAAAUGCGAACGCCGCUGGCGGUGCGAGCAAGUCGAAGGAUCCAUCGCGCAACGGGGAUAAGCAGCAGGCGGGCCAGCAGCAGCAACCACCGCAGGCACAGGCCCAGCAACAGCAGGCGCCACAGCAGCAGCAGCAGCAGCCGAAGCCGCGACGCAACAACAAGAAUCGCACCAAUAACCAUACGGACCAGCAGCAGCAGCAACAGGCUGGCCAGCAGCAGCUGACGGAGAACGUGAAGAAAGAAGGCCUGGUCAAUGGCACGUCCUAAGCAACUAACAUUAGUGGAUCGGCAGAAGAAGAACGACCGAGUAACAAUGUUGUGCGAGGCAGUGGAUGGGCAGGUCAACAACUAUUCAUGUUAAAUGUCGUUGAGUAUCGCCACGCCACCAUUAUAUAACAACAAAACCACACCCAACAGGAGACACACAGAACAACAACAAAUGCGACAGCAUCCAAAUCAUUAUCAACAGCCACUAACAAAUUGUUUGAGAAACUAUUUAAGAGUAACUAAGGAGAAGAGAAGUGAAAAAUUAAUAUACAUGAAAUAUGUAACAUUUGUAAAAGCAUAUACUAACCCACAGACACACACCACAUACACCCAAAACACACCACACAUACACACACCCACACCGUUCGAAUUAUACACAAA